AAGCCAUUUUAUUAUCAUAACAUUGCAAAGUGCAGCAGGUGCAUCACAAUUUGCUGUAGCGACAAUACAUUAUCUUCUUUUUUUUUUUAGACAAAAAUGGGCCAGUGUGGAAUUACGUCAUCCAAAACCGUCUUGGUUUUCCUCAAUCUCAUAUUUUGGGCUGCUGCAGGCAUACUGUGCUACAUCGGCGCGUAUGUGUUCAUCACAUACGACGACUACGACCAUUUCUUUGAGGACGUAUACACUUUGAUUCCGGCUGUCAUCAUAAUCGCCGUCGGCACUCUCCUCUUCAUCAUCGGCCUGAUUGGCUGCUGCGCCACGAUACGCGAGAGCUCCUGUGGUCUGGCCACUUUUGCUGCCAUUUUGCUGCUGGUGUUUGUAACAGAGUGCGUGGUGGUGGUGCUCGGCUACAUAUACCGGGCAAAGGUAGAGGAUGAGGUGAACCACUCCAUCCAGAAGGUUUACGACGAAUACAACGGCACCAACACGGAUGCUCCAAGUCGUGCUAUAGACUACGUGCAGAGGCAGCUCCACUGCUGCGGCAUUCAUAACUACUCGGAUUGGAGGUACACUCGCUGGUUCAAAGAGUCCAAAAACAAUAGCGUCCCCGUCAGCUGCUGCCAGCCCAACAUCAGCAAUUGCACCGGCACCCUGACCCGACCGGGCGACUUAUACCAGGAGGGUUGUGAAGCUCUGGUGGUGAAGAAGUUAAAGGAGAUCAUGAUGUACGUCAUUUGGGCCGCGCUAACGUUUGCAUCCAUACAGAUGCUAGGCAUGCUGUGCGCCUGCGUGGUGCUCUGCAGGCGGAGUCACGACCCGGCGUACGAGUUGCUGGUCACCACCAACAGCUACGCCUGAAUCCCCCACCCAGAAAGGGGUCAUCACACCACUUCACGGUAGAUUUCCGCUGUAGUUCUGUCAUAUAUUUAAAGCAUAUACUCUAAGCUUGAGCACACCUUGCACAAUCCGAUAAAGUAGCGAACACUGGCAACGAGUGGGGUUUGAACAGGAAGAACUACCUAUUUAUUAUUAUUAUUAACGUCACGCUUUGUAACUUCUUUUUAAUGUUCUUUUUUGUCCUUCCUCCUUAAAAGCCAACUUUAAAAAUUGGUUUUAGAAAAGGCUCAUUCAGUUAGAAUGGAAAAAAAUGACAUUGGUGCUUAAGGGUUGAAGUUUUGUAUGAAACCAGAAUUUAGUAGGAAAUUCCCCAAAAAACUGUUAUUACUAGAAAAAAAGCAUGACUAAAAUAUGUUAUGGGAGGCUGACUGACUUAAUUGUCAUGCUUUGGACUUUUUGCCUAUAUGAAGUAAUGGAAAUAUAAAUAUUCAACUGUCACCAUAAAACCUUCAAUAACAGUAAAGGCAGUCUUUCAACAUUUUUAACUCUGUUAACUGUCAUACAAGUGUAAAAAGAAGUUAAUACAUUCUUUAAUAGCAAAGACAAUGGGUGUACAGUAGUUGGUAGCCAUUUAACCCGCAGCUAGCGCUAAGCAGUUAACUAGCAGUCAACUCCAAACAAAUCAAGAACCAAAACACAGGCACAGCUAAUCUUUUGAGCCGAGUUGAGGUCUUGUGAGAUUUGUUAACGUCUUUCAAGAUUCCUCGUCUUUGUUACGUCAAGAUUACUGCCGACAAACUGUGUGACAUUUUGUAGCAUCGAAUUAAAGAGAUUUCAAUAAAUUAGGAAUAUUUGAUGUAAUUCAUUGUAAUUAAAUUGCGCCCAUUGUACUUAUUACAGUACAUUUAUUUUCAUAGAAAAUCCUAUUAAGUGGCUAAUAGGUUUUGUAUGGGAUCUAUUUCCUCGUGUGCUACUUUAGCUUUGGUUGCUCUGAUGCAAACAUACAGAAACAAAUAUGAUAACACCCCCGCCCGCCCUAAGAAGUCGGAUUUAGACUCUUUCCCCAUUUUAUUUUUAUGCUGUGAAUUUCCUCCUGAAUCCGCUUCACUAUUGAAGCUCUGUGAAUAUACGAGGCGGUGUGAGCCAGUCACCAGUAUUAUCAGUGUUAUCUCGUCUUUUCCAGUUCCUCUGUUUACUCUCUUAGUCAUAAGCCCUUGAGGCGGAAUUAUUUAUUUUAUAUCUUUGAUUUUAUAUAUACAGUAUAUAAAUAUCUUUGUGUCUGUGUGGGAAUUUGUGCUGUUAUAUUUCUUUAUUUUGCGUUGUUACAAUACAUUGAUCCCAAAAUACUUUUGCGGGAGCUGCAAGAAAAAGAGGGAUGAACAAAAUGGUGUGUAGAUUUGAUUUGAACAUAAACCAAUAAAGUCAUACAUUUCAA